UGCCACAUAUCAGCAGUAAUGAAAAAAUAAUAAACUUUUUUUGGUAUUUUAUAUUUAAAUAUGCAAACAAAUUUCAAAACAAAGUCAGAGAUUUAAGACCAUUGCUAGAUCAAAAAGCAAUGCAAAAUAGUAACAGUAGCUUUAAGAAAACAAAAUAGCUUGGAAACACAGUCAGUUUCGUACGGGAAAUUUCGACAGACAUUUAACACCAUAGACAGAACAAAAAGUAAUGCAAAAUAGUAACACAAGUAAACAAAAUAGCUUGGAAACACAGUCCGAUUCGAGCGGGAAAUUUCGAGCCGGAACAUUUCACUGUUCCGCCGUCAAAGUCCAGAAAGUAAAUGAAGUAAAGAGUGCUUAGCAGGAUGGCUCACGACUCACAGGAUAUCCUCACAUUCAAGUGCGUGCUGGUCGGCGAUGGCGGCACCGGCAAGACAAGCUUCGUCAAGCGCCACCAGACCGGCGAGUUCGAGAAGAAGUAUGUGGCCACACUGGGCGUGGAGGUGCAUCCGCUGAUCUUCCACACCAACCGCGGCGCCAUCCGAUUCAAUGUGUGGGACACCGCCGGCCAGGAGAAGUUCGGCGGCAUGCGAGACGGCUAUUACAUCCAGGGCCAGUGCGCCGUCAUCAUGUUCGAUGUUAGCUCGCGAAUCACCUACAAGAACGUGCCCAACUGGCAUCGCGAUCUGGUCCACAACUGCGAGGGCAUCCCGAUCGUCCUCUGCGGCAACAAAGUCGACAUCAUGGAUCGGAAGGUGAAAGCACAGAGCAUCGGCUUCCACCGGAAGAACAACUUGCAGUAUUACGACAUUUCUGCCAAGUCGAACUUAAACUUCGGGAAACCAUUCCUUUGGCUGGCGCGCAAGCUGGUUGGUGACCCCAACCUGGAGUUCGUCGACAUGCCAGCCCUGCUGCCGCCCGAGGUCGAGAUGGACAAGGAUUAUCAGGCCCAAAUCGAGCGGGAAUUGCAGGAGGCCCAGACGAUCCCGCUGCCCGACGACGACGAGGAACUAUAAGCCUACUUAUAGCAAACUGAGAAAGAUGGCCGGCUUAGCACACACACCAGAAUCACACACACAGUCACAGUCACUACUGCAUAGGAGCAUCAGCAAAAGCCUACCAUCCGCUAUCCACUAUGUACUAUCCAUCGGACUCCCAGCAAAGGAUAACGAUCGAACUUAAAGCCUUGCAAGCCCUUCUACCCUCAAUCAUUGAUAAGUCGGUUAUACACGAUACAGAUACUGAAAUCUCCUUAUUGGUAGGGAAAGGAAAAACAUACUCAAAAACCAAGUAAAAUUAAAAAUGGAAAAAAAAACGAUGUCAGAUCUAUUUUGCUAUUGCUAGAUAAAAUUUAUGUAUAUAAAAUAUUUGUGAAACUAAGCCAAAAAAAUGUUUUACAUUAA